ACGUGAACUGAGCACGCGCAUGUGUGAAGCUGAUGCGGGAUGGAGAAUUGUUCGUAACUAAAUUCGCGGAGUUUUAAACAUCUACCGGAACAUUGAAAGGAAGGAUUUACAGAUAGGAAUAAGGAAUCAAACACCACGCAGAGGUCGAACACAUUCACUUGAGUCACCCAGUCCUGAAUAUCAUCGACAUUUGACUGUAGACAAAGAAAUUUUUUUGUGACUGUGGCAAAAGGUUUCAGAUAUCAGUGAGACUGGAAAAAUACCAAGACACUCAUAUACACACACAAACAUCUGAGUGCAAGUGUCCCAGUGGAAAGAGCUUGAACAAGCCACAUAACCUGAAUGCAAGUGUUGCAGUGGACUGAUUGUACAAAAAGGUUUAACCAGUUAUAGAAAGUUUUAAAAAGUACCAUAUCAUUCACAGCAGGGAAGGAUCAUUCACGUAUCCUAUGUGUAGAUAAGGAAAUAACCAGACACAUGCGCUAUGGAGAAACCAUGGAAAUGUGAGGACUGUGGUAAAGGAUUCAAUUAUCCAUCCCGGCUAGAAAUUCAUCGACGCAGUCAUACUGGGGAGAAGCCGUUCAUCUGCUCUGUGUGUGGGAGGGGAUUCACUGAUACAACCAAACUUGUGUUACACCAGCGAACACACACUGAGGAGAGGCCGUUCAGCUGCACUCACUGUGGAAUGAUGUUCAGGAGUGCCUCCACCCUGCUGAGACACCAGCAGCUUCACUCUGGGGAGAGACCAUUCACCUGCUCUGUUUGCGGGAAGGGAUUCGCCCAGUCCUCUGGCCUUUGUACACACCAGCGAAUUCACAACGAGGAGAGGCCGUUCGGUUGCACCCACUGUGGAAAAAGAUUCAGGCAGUUAUCCGAGCUCAGCGCACAUCAAUGGGUUCACACCGGGGAGAGGCCAUUCACUUGCUCCAUGUGUGGAAAAGGAUUCACUCAGUCAUCCACCCUCCUGAGACACCAGCGAGUUCACACUGAGGAGAGGCCAUUCAGCUGCACUUCGUGUGGUAAGAGUUUUCGUCAGUCAUCUGACCUCAAAGCGCACCAGAGAGUUCAUACUGGGGAGAGACCAUUCAGCUGUUCCAUGUGUGGGAAGAGAUUCACUCGGUCAUCCCAUCUGCUGACACAUCAGAGAGUUCAUACGUGACUGCAGUGGUUUGAUUCCACUGUAAUUGCUGCUGUCAAUUAAGUCAGAGAUUGCCCGUCUGACAGUGUCGUUUACAUCAAGGAGCCUGAACAAAUCUGGAAGGAGCAGGUAGAUUUCCGUCCACUGGUGGAGUUAGGCUGAAACAAAAGAAGGUGGUUGUCAGGGGUCAAUUAUCUCAUUCGUAUGACAUCACUGCAGGGUCAUAUGCCUAAACAUCCUCUGUACUUCAUCAAUGCCCACUCCCCCAUCAUAAGGGCAGGAGUGGAGUUGUUCGUUGAUGAUUGCACAAUAUUCAGCACUGUUUACAAAUCCUCAUAAACUGAAGUGGUCUAGAUCCUCAUGAAGCAAGUUAUAGACAGUAUCUAGGCUUGGGCUAAUAAGUGGCAGGCAAUGGCCAUCUCCAAAAUCAGAGAAUCCAACUGCCUCCUCUUGCCAAUCAAUUGCAUUACAAUCCCUGAAUCCCUCGCUAUCAAAAUCCUGGUGCAUGCCAUUGACCAGAAACUGAGCUGGACAAGCCAUAUAAAUACUGCUGCUACUCAGCAGAUCAGAGGCUAGGAAUCCUGAAGUGAUUAGCUCACCUCCUGUCUCCCCAAACCCUGUCCACCAUCUACAAGGCGCAAGUCAGAAGUGUGAUGGGAAUGCUGUUCACUUGACUGGGUUAGUGCCGUUACAAUACCUGAGACUUAAGCAUCUUUAUACCAUAUGAGAUGAAACAGCCUGCUUGAUUGGCACCACAUCCACCAGCAACGUAAAAGGACACGGACAUCACAUGUCAUGAGCAUGGCCAAUUGUAAAUUCCCUUUGAGCCGAAUACCAGCUUAACUGUGAAAACAUAUCAGCAUUCACUGCCACUGGGUCAAAAUCCUGGAACUCCCUCCCGAACCAGGAAUGUGGCUGUUGCUGAAGAAGGACUGCAGCAGCUGAAGAAGUCACCUUCUCCAGGGCAAUUUGGGAUGGAUAUAAAUGCUGGCCCUAGUGAAUGGCUUCUCCGUACCCUGGACAAAUUUUCAAAACCUGUGUUUUAUUUCUGCUCAAGUUGACAAAACUCUAUAACCGGCUUGAGUUUAAUAUUCUGGAUAUGUCACAGGUUUUCAGGGCUGUGGUGUCCCUUUUCAAAAAACCCUCUGUGAUCUUUUCCCUGAACUUUUUCUUCUUUCAUCUUUCGUCACAGAAUCAUAGGAUUGUUACAGUGCAGAAGGCGGCUGAUCUGCCCUUCAUGCCUGCGCUGGCUAUAUCCCUGAGUGCCAAUCUCCUGCCUUUUCUGCCUACCUCUGCACACCAUUUCUAUUCAAAUAAUCAUUCAGUGCCCUCAUGAAUGCCUCAGUUGGACCUCUCUCCACCACAUUUCUAGGCAGUACAUUGCUUCAUUUGGAUGUCUCUUUAAAAAUGGGAUGUGGCUGUUACUCACAAGCCCAGCAUUUGUUGUUGAUUCCUGAUUUCCCUUUGAGUGGUUUGCUAGGCCAUUUCAGAGGGCAGUUAAGAGUCUACCACAUUAUCGGUUUUAAUUCAUAUGUAGGCCAAAUUGGGGAUGAUUUCCCUCCUUAAAGGAGGGUGGUGAACCAUAGAAUCCCUACAGUGUGGAAACAGGCCAUUUGGCCCAACGAGUCCACAUUGACUCUCCGAAGAGUAACCCACCCAGACCCAUUCCCCUACCCUAUUACUCUACAUUUACCUCUGAUUAAUGCACCUAACACUAUGGGCAAUUUAGCUUGGUCAAUUUACAUAACAUACACAUCUUUGGAUUGUGGGAGGAAACCCACACAGACAUGGGGAGAAUAUGCAAACUCCGUACAGACAGUCGCCCGAGGCUGGAAUCGAACACGGGUCUCUGACGCUGUGAGGUGGCAGUGCUAAUCACUGUGUCACUCGUGGGUUUUGAAAACAAUAGUCUAUGGUCACCAUUACCGAGACCAGGAUUUUAAAAAAAAAUAAGAAUUCUCAACAGGAGGCUAGUUUAUAAUGAGAUUGUAAACAGUUACUUCAAUCCUAAAUUGAU